AUGGCUACGGCUAUUGAACAAUUAAUGAUUGAUCCACAAUCCCGUUUUCUUGAAAUGAAAUCUCUCCAACCUUAUUCAACAACAGAUGAAUAUUUAUAUGCAAUGAAAGAAGAUCUUGCAGAUUGGCUUUCAAAUAUGUAUCCAGAAUGGCGUCCAAUCACAGCUGAUAGUUUUGUUGAAUGUUUAGAAAAUGGUGUUCUUCUUUGUCAACAUGCUAAUAAUGUUAAUAAUGCUGCACGUAAAGCUUAUGCUUUGAAAUUAGCAUCGCCAUCAUUAUCUUCUACACUUGAAAAUUGUAAAUAUCGUUCCGAUGCUCGUCCUCAAACAUUUAAUGCACGUGAUAAUGUUUCACAAUUUAUAAAAUGGGCACGUCGUGUUGUUGGUGUACGUGAAGUUUUAAUGUUUGAAUCCGAUGAUUUAAUUUUACGAAAAAAUGAAAAAAAUUUUCUACUUUGUUUACUUGAAAUUGCGCGUUUUGGUUCACGAUUUGGUGUUAGUGUACCAGCUAUAAUACAAUUAGAAGAUGAAAUCGAACGUGAAAUUCAACGUGAUAAACAAUCAGAAAUUAUGUCAUUUACGGAAUUAAGACGUUUACAACGAGAAGAAAAUCAAAAGAAUAAUUCACAUUCUUCUUCUUCUUCACAUCAUGGAAAAUAUAGUAAAUUAUUAAAAUUUGUUCGAAAUGAAAACUCAGAUUCAAAUCAUAACCAUCAUCAUGAAACAACGAAAAAUUCUUAUAAUACUUUUUCAUUGACACAUUCAAAUGGUGCUAGUUGGUUACGACAACGUAUAUCGCGUAUACCUAAAUUUGCACAACAUAAUAGUAAAAAAAGACAAAGUAGUGGAGAAAGUAAUGAUAGUAUAACAUAUAGUGAUGUAACCACCACACUUGCAUCGAACAAAGAACAGCGAAUUCCACAAAUUAGUCGAACUUUAGGAGAAAAUGAAAAUAGAAGUGAAACAUCAACGACAUCAUCACAAUUACAUAAAACAGUAGUACAAAUGACAAAUUCAUGUUGUUGUGCACAACGUUUUCCUGUUAUACGUCUUGGCGAAGGAAAAUAUCGAAUUGGUGAAAGUGGAACAGUUAUUUUUAUUCGAAUUCUUAGAUAUCAUGUUAUGGUUCGUGUUGGUGGUGGUUGGGAUACUCUUGAGAAUUAUCUUAACAAGCAUGAUCCAUGUCGACGUCCAGGAAGUCAUCGUCGAUUAGAACUUAAUGAUCAUCAUACAAAUAUCCCGAUUCUAGCUAUACCAACUAAUACUGUAUCAUCUAGUUUUCCAAAAGUAACUCCCUAUGGUAAAUCAGUAACUAUAAAAACAGAAGAAUUUCCAUUAUCGAAACCUACAAUUUAUGAUACAAAUCUAACUAAUGCUCAACUUCUUGUUACUCGUGAUCCCGAUGGACGUCAUCAUAUUGGUCAAAUAACAUAUAAAAGUGAAGAACAUCUUGAUCAACAACAUUCAUGUCCUCAUCAUCAUUAUAAUCAACCAACUACUUUUACACCAAAAGUAAGAAGUGUUCGUGGUAGUGGAUAUUCAACUCCAUCACCUAUGUUUACUAAACAAUCAUCACCGAGUACUGAUCAAGAUUAUUCAUCUUAUACACCAUCAUCUUCUAUAGACACUAAAACAACAGAUACAUUUACGAAUGAAAGUCAAUCAACUCAAUAUACUAAAACUGAUUUCAUUCUUCGACAACCAUCUCAAUCAAAACUUAACAUUGAUAAUUUUAAAGAAAAUCAACAAAGUCCAAUACCAAUUAUUAAUAAUUCCAAAUCAGGAUUUACAGAAUCAAUUAUUGAAAAUAUUGAUGGUUAUAUUACACCAAAUUUUGGUGAAUCUGAACAUGAUUUUGAUAUUAGUGAUAUUGAUGAUGUUAUGCGAAUUAAUCGUCAUGAUGAUGAUAUAACAAAUAUGGAUGAAGAUAGUUUAGAAAGUUCUGAAGGUGUUUUAGAAAUUAAAAAGAAAUCAUCAGCACCAUUACCACCACCACCACCUUCAAUAAAUUCAAUUAAAAAACCAAUUUUACCAAAAAUAAAAUCAGGUGGAAUUUGUACAGCACUUUAUUUAGCUCAAAAACAAAAACAAGCAUCGGCUUUUAAAAGACCACAAACAAUAUCAACAUAUUCACGUUCAAAUACAUUACCAAAUGUUGUUGAAGCUAUAAAAAUCGAAGAAAAAACAAUAAAAUCAUAUCGAAAACCAUCACCUGGUACACAACGAUCAAAAUCAACCGAUUUAUUAGAUAAAAAUCAACAUAAUGAUAUAUCAAAACUUGAUCGAGAUUCAGGUUUUGAUGAACAAGAUUUUCGUUGUGAACGUUUACAUUCAAGUUAUGAUGAUAAUUCAAGUUUCUCAUCUUUAAAAAGUGGACGUAAUUCCGUAGGUCGUUCAUUAUCAUCUGAUCUUAAUGGUCAAAUCUAUCGAGAAAAUAAAGCUUAUGAAUUACGUUUAAAAGCUCUUGAUUAUACACGAAUAUUAAAUGAACAAUCUGCACAUGAUCCAAGAUUAUAUAUUCGACGAAAUUUUAAUUAUAUAUCAACACGAACAAAUGAUAUAAGUCAACUAUCUACACAUAGAUACAAAAAAAAUACUCAAUUAAAUUUAUUUUCUAAAUACUAA